AACGAGAAUAAAGGAGAUCUUAAAAAUUUAUAGUAGUUUCUUAACAAACACAACGCAAUUAUUUUGCCCAUGCACUUGCUUGCUGUACCAACAAAUAUUUUGACGGAAGCUUGAUACACGCACAGGGGUUGACGUCCGUUAAAUGCUGCUUGCAACGAUUUUUCCCUCUUUAAGCAGAAUUUUCGAAUGCAUUAAGUAUGAACACAUAAAAGAUCUAAUGCGUUAUUCAUUAUGUCAAGCAAUGAUUCGGUUCCCUUUUUUCGUUUGGUGUAAAAUAAGCAAAGCGGUUGAGUGCGGACAAAACGAGCCGAACAUCUCUUCUCCGCUGUUACUUGACCUCAUUUCCGGUCUAAACCGAAAUGGUUUACUUUUUCACAACAUUUAAUCGAAAGUGCAUUCCUUGCAAUAACAUCAGCAUAACAAAAAUCCAUUCAACCGAACACAACAAAUAUUUUAAUGUAAAGGAAAGAAGAGGAUGGGAGCGUCGAAUUCAACAUCUUCCAACGAGGAGGAUUCUAAUUCUGCCACUGAGUUAACUCACAAUGAAUGUCUCAAUUAUAUGAUGAAGGGUUCAAGAGUGAUUAAAAGUCGUGUCAUAACAUCUGAAAGACAAAAGAAAUCGAAAAAGACACUGAUUCUUGAUGAGGAUAAGCUUGGUUUCAGAUACGAACCAUCUGUUAAAGGGAGAGAUUUUAAAAUCCCGAUUUUGUCACUAAAAGAAAUCAGACUUGGCAACAGUUUGCACACUGAUGAAGUCCUGCGUAACAUACCUAAGAAAGUUCAGUUUGCGACAACUUACACAAAUUCAGAGGGUGAAGAAGUAACCAAUGUAUUUGCAGCAUUUUCUGUCCAUGUUGCCGCUGUUUGGGUUCAAGGGUUGAACAGUUUGAUGUCAAACGCUGAAGCUGAGAUAAAAAAACCUGACCCAUUGCAGGAGGCAUGGUUAAAAGAAGCCUUUGAUACUGUUGAUGUUGACAAAAAUGGUGCACUCACAAUGCAGGAAGUGUCAGAUUUACUUUGUUUGUUAAAUAUAAGUUCCCAUACAGAAGAUAUUAAAACGAAAUUUCAGGAAGCUAAUAUUGAUGGUCAAAUGGGAUUCAAAGAUGGAAAACUAACAAGAGCCGAAUUUGCAAAUUUCUUCAAAAAGUUUAACACUCGGCAUGAAAUGGAAGUUAUAUACAACAAGUAUCGUGAUGAAAACAAAUCAGAAUGGACACCUGCAGAAUUAAUGUUAUUUUUAGAAGACGAACAGCUGGUUAGUAUGGAUGAGAAAUCAGUAGAAGGAAUAAUCAAAGAGUUUGAACCCUCAGAAGAACUUAAAAAGAAUUCUCUCUUGAGUUUACAAGGUCUAACAUGGUAUUUACUGUCUGAGAAAAAUGACAUUUUUAACGAUUUAAACCAAGAUAUGACACAGCCAUUAGCUCAUUACUUUAUUAGUUCAUCUCAUAACACAUAUCUGCUGGAAGGCCAGCUGCGGGGACAGUCAAGUGUACAAGCUUAUAUCAAUGCUUUCAAACAAGGCUGCAAAUGUGUUGAGUUGGAUUGUUGGGAUGGUGAUAACAUGGAACCUAUAAUUUAUCAUGGUCACACGUUAACUUCAAAAAUAUUAUUUAAAGACGUCAUAGAAGCUGUAAAUGAUUAUGCGUUCUGUGUAUCCGAUUAUCCUGUUAUCAUUUCAAUUGAGAAUCACUGCAGUUGCCAGCAGCAAACAGUGAUGGCUGAAUAUCUUAAAUCCAUUCUUGGAGAUAAAUUGUCGUUAAAUGAAGUUGAAGAUGAUCUGCAGUAUUUACCUUCACCUGAAGAUUUGAAGGGAAAGAUCUUAAUUAAGGGUAAGAAACUUUCAUCCGAAGUGGAGUGUGCUGAUGUUGUGGAUGGUGCGGCUAAUCAAUGUUUCGGAUAUGUUGAAGAAGAAAACGAAGCAGAGGAUGCUUUGCACGAGAUUCUUACUGAUGAAGAACUUGUUGAAAAAUUUGACUUGGCUGGAGGUGAUUUCAAAUUGGAUGAGCUCUCAAAAGAGAAAGGAAAAGACAGCAAGCCAAAGAAAACAAGCAAACUAGCAACAGAGCUUUCGUUGUUAGUUAAUUAUGUCCAGUCUGUGCAUUUCCCAGGAUUACAAGAAGCCUUAAAAAAACAAGCUUGCUUCAAAAUGUCGUCGUUGGGUGAAUCAAAGUUCACCAGUCUUGCAAAAUCAUCUCCAGUUGCGUUCUGUGACUACAACAAAAAAUUUCUCACUCGUACAUAUCCAAGCGGUAAGAGAGUGGACUCUAGUAACUACAAUCCAGUCACUGGAUGGGUGGUUGGAUGCCAAAUAGUUGCGCUGAACUUUCAAACAAACGGCGUCAUGAUGGAUUUGUUGCGUGGUUUGUUUCAACUGAACAAUAAUUGUGGUUUUGUGUUAAAACCUGCUUUCUUGAGAGAAGAAGGCACGUCUUUCGAUGCCGAACAAAUUGGAAACUACGAAAACAUUGCAAGCAAAAACGUUACCUUGACGGUUAUUAGUGGCCAGUUGUUACCAAAACAAAAUUCCAAAGCUACUAAUAUUGUGGAUCCGUAUGUAGCAGUUAGUGUGUACGGUGUAAAACAAGACACAAAAGAGAAAUUCAAAACCAAAACAAUUCAAAACAACGGUUUUAAUCCGAUAUGGAAUGAGACGUUUGAGUUUGUUUUGAACGCACCCGAGCUGGCUUUACUCCGAUUUGCUGUGUUGGACAGUGUUUUGGGAAAGGACGAUCUUGUGGCGCAAUACACAAUCCCUUUUUCAAGUCUAAAACCAGGUUAUCGCCGUCUAAAAUUAUUAAAGAGCACUGGUGAAGAAGUCUCACACGCUACACUUUUUGUGCACACUAAAAUCAAUUGAUGAAUGAAGUACUUUUUGUCAAAACAACUUCGAUCUCAGGCUCCAAAUAAUAGAAAGCCUAAUAAAACUGUGAAUCGGUUUUUGGGCUUCCGGUUAUUUUCACUGUUUUUUUUUUAUAUUAUUUUUAUGUUGAUAGAUUUUAUAGGUAUAUAUAUAGAAGUUUUAUUGUCUAUAAUGUGUUUUAUAAGUACGGUAUUUUUUUUAUAUCUACAUCUAAGAAUUGGAGGUGGAAAUUGUUUAAAACGUCAUAUUUGUCGUACUGUGACGUCGCAUUUGUCAUGUCUUAACGUCAAAGAUGUUGUUUUAUAACGUCACAUUUGUCUUAUCAUACUGGCGCAUGUCGUGUCGUAACGUCACGGUUGCUUUCUUGUAACGUCGCCGUGGCAUUUUGUCGUAUUGUAACGUCACAUUUUGCAUGUGUUAUUGUGUCAAUGUUCUUUUAUACAUAUUUAUAAUUUUAUAACUGAAUUAUCUGUGUUACACCUUUAAAUACCUCUAUAGUACUACAUGGUGAAAUAACUUUACGUGGCUUUCAGACUCUUCACCGUAGAGUAUACAUAUUUCAGCCAUGUACUAUCCCUGGCAUAUAAAACAAGUCAAAUUGACGCAUUUCGUUAGACUUGGGUAUCUUGAAAUGAGGGUAACCACUAAGCUUAAGAUGAUCGUCACGAAGCAUUGCGAAGAGUGAAGUGUAUCCAGAUGAACAACCCUUACCAGAAGAUGGUCUCUACCUGUUGUAACCUGGGAGCAUGAGGUUCAAAAAAGACGUGAAGUGAGAAACCGUAUAGACUUAAUCGUAUAAUUAUUGCUAUACUACCUUAAGGGAGGUCUAGAGCGUAGCUUUGUAUCAGAAGCACCUUCAGAGCAGGCAAAAGACUAGUAAGAGGAAUUUGUAGUCUGCGAAGACCACAAACUUAAACGAAUGCACAUUCAACAGGAUCUAGUCUUCGAGCGCAGGAACACCCAGAUCGUACAAGUCAUCUCUAGUAAGGUCGAUAAGUCGGAAGUGGCAUCUACAGCGCUCUACAUGCCCUUCUUCUUCAAAUCAGUUCAAGGCAUGUACACCAUGGCUUAGCUUAUCCAGGUUCUCGUCCGUGAUGAAAUCGUUAAUGAUGAAGAGACCGGACAAUUACUAUUUUUCGCGUAGCUGGCAAGUCGUUAUAGUUUGCGAGAUUAGUUUGGCGAAAAGAGUAUUUAAUGUAAUUUCGUUUCUUAAUUUUUAUCAUUUGAAAGGAACUUUUUUGUAAGAAAAAAUAAAUACUGCUGAAGUUAAAA